AUGGUCACGGAAGUUGGUGGUGAUCACAAUGGUGGUCACAGAAUUCGGUGGUGGUCACGGGGUGGUGCUGUUGGUCUUGGCGACAACGAUGAAGCCUAUGACGCGCUUGAUCCUAAUGGAAAUAUCACAAUUAAAUGGGAUAUCAUCAGUUGGACUCCUGAUGGCUAUGUUGCUGUGGUGACAAUGUAUAACUUCCAACAAUACCGUCACAUUCAAGCGCCAGGUUGGACUUUGGGAUGGACGUGGGCAAAGAAGGAGGUGAUAUGGAGCAUGAUGGGUGCUCAAGCAACAGAGCAGGGAGAUUGUUCGAAGUAUAAAGGGAAUCUUCCACAUUGCUGUAAAAAAGAUCCAACGGUUGUCGACCUACUGCCCGGAACUCCAUACAACCAACAGAUUGCAAAUUGUUGCAAAGGAGGGGUAAUUAGUUCAUGGGUUCAAGAUCCGUCCAAUGCUGCUAGUUCAUUCCAGGUUAGUGUUGGUGCGGCUGGAACCACCAACAAAACUGUUAGAGUGCCGAAGAACUUCACAUUGAAAGCACCAGGGCCAGGCUACACUUGUGGACCUGCAAAAGUAGGGAAACCUACCAAGUUUGUCUCCCAAGACGGGAGAAGACGGACACAAGCAAUGAUGACAUGGAAUGUUACGUGCACAUAUUCUCAGUUUCUGGCCCAAAAAACUCCAACUUGCUGUGUCUCUAUCUCAUCCUUCUACAACGAUACUAUUGUUCCAUGCCCAACUUGCACUUGUGGAUGCCAAAAUAAUGGUACUCAGCCGGGAAGUUGCGUGAAUCCUGACAUGCCACACCUUGCUUCAGUUGUUUCAGACCACGGGAAGAAUAAUUAUGCACCUCUAGUCCAAUGCACCAGCCACAUGUGCCCCAUUCGAGUCCACUGGCACGUCAAACUAAACUACAAGGACUACUGGAGAGUGAAGGUUACAAUUACAAACUUCAAUUACAGGAUGAAUUAUACGCUGUGGAACUUGGUCGUGCAACAUCCCAAUUUCGACAAUCUAACUCAGUUAUUCAGCUUUAACUACAAGCCAUUAACUCCUUAUCAAGAUAUAAAUGAUACUGCAAUGUUAUGGGGUGUUAAAUUUUACAACGAUUUGCUUAUGCAAGCCGGCCCUCUAGGAAAUGUGCAGUCGGAGCUUCUAUUCCAAAAAGACAAAUCUACUUUCACAUUUGAGAAAGGUUGGGCCUUUCCUCGAAGAAUCUAUUUCAAUGGUGACAACUGUGUCAUGCCACCUCCCGAUGCAUAUCCAUAUCUACCAAAUGCCAGUUCGCGCACAGACAUCUCCUUGCUUGUGCUAGUGAUCACAUUGUUAUCAUCUGUUGCAUUCCACUUUGUAUAUGUUUAA